CGAUUGUGGAAAUGAUCUGACGGCUAGGAAUCGCCGGCGGCCAUAACUUGAGAGGCAAAACCCAAAACCCUCGGAAACCCAGAGGCGUCUUCUCGACGCGGAGAUCAACAGAGAGAGAUGCAAACAGUGAAAGCUUUGAGGAGAGUGAGUGAACCCUUACAAUGGGUUCGGUCUGUUUCUUAUGGAAGAAGCUUUUCUGCUCUCCCAAACUAUUCCGCCUCAGAUGCCGAUAUCGAAGACCAGGUUCUUGUGGAAGGAAAAGCUAAAUCAAGAGCUGCCAUUCUCAAUAACCCAUCUUCUCUCAAUGCUCUUUCUGCGCCUAUGGUUGGUCGGUUAAAGAGGCUAUACGAAUCAUGGGAAGAGAACCCAGCUAUUUCCUUUGUUUUGAUGAAGGGUAGCGGCAAAACUUUCUGCUCUGGUGCAGAUGUCCUGCCUCUUUAUCAUUCGAUCAGUGAAGGAAAUACUGAAGAAUCUAAACUCUUUUUCGAGAACUUGUACAAGUUUGUAUACCUCCAAGGAACAUAUUUAAAACCAAAUAUAGCUAUAAUGGAUGGUGUGACCAUGGGUUGUGGUGGUGGAAUUUCACUUCCAGGGAUGUUUCGUGUGGCUACAGAUAAAACUGUGUUGGCCCAUCCAGAGGUCCAAAUUGGUUUUCAUCCUGAUGCAGGAGCUUCCUAUUACCUUUCACGGCUUCCUGGUUAUUUAGGGGAAUACUUGGCUCUAACGGGGCAGAAACUUAAUGGUGUCGAAAUGAUAGCAUGUGGCCUUGCCACCCACUAUUGCUUAAACGCGAGACUUCCAUUGAUUGAAGAGAGGAUUGGUAAACUGUUGACCGAUGAUCCUGCUGUCAUUGAGGAUUCUCUUGCUCAAUAUGGUGAUCUUGUUUACCCUGACAGUAGCAGUGUACUGCACAAGAUUGAGAUGAUUGAUAAAUAUUUUGGGCUUGAUACCGUUGAAGAAAUCAUUGACGCUAUGGAAAAUGAGGCUGCUAAUUCGUGCAGUGAAUGGUGCAAGAAAACUCUCAAACAGAUCAAAGAAGCUUCACCUUUGAGCUUAAAGAUUACUUUGCAAUCUAUACGAGAAGGUAGAUUCCAAACCCUUGAUCAAUGUCUCACACGUGAAUAUCGUAUAUCUAUUUGUGGAGUCUCAAAGACAGUCUCUGGUGACUUUUGCGAGGGUAUUAGAGCCCGUUUGGUGGAUAAAGACUUUGCUCCAAAGUGGGAUCCUCCACGCCUAGAAGAUGUGAGCAAAGACAUGGUGGAUUGCUACUUCUCGCCAGCCGCAGAGCUCGAUGAUUCAGAUUCUGAGUUGAAGCUGCCAACAGCUCAACGAGAGCCUUACUUCUGAGGAAAAAUCUACUGAUGACACUCAUUACUUGCAAUAAAGAAUUCCACCGAUCUAUGCGCAAAUGAGAUCUCUGCAAUGACAUUUUGCUGUCAAACUCUGUUUAUCUUCUUAAUAGGAGUGUCAAGUUUUCAACUGUCCUGUGAUAAUUGUAGUUUCUUCGUUUUCUGUGAGAGGAUUCCAUUAUAAUGUUGAAAGGCCAAAGUGUAGAAUUUAGAAGAAGCUUGAUUGGAUAAAGAUUCAGUGCAAUU